UGCUUAGUAGCUUGUGCAUUAUUAUUUUUUGAAUUUUAUUAGGAAAUUGCCUACUUAUCUUGCAGUUCUCAACUGAACGAUUUCCUGUUUUAAUACGUGAAAGCCAAGCAACAAUGGAUGCUUCGAGCUUUAGGGUACGAAAACCACCUGGCGGAGACACAAAUGAUAUCUUUAACCUCGAAGUCCGACACAAGGUUCAAGCAAACGAAAUAGAAGCAAAGCAACGAGUUUUCAAAGAACUUCAAGCAUACAGUAACGAAAUCCCAAAUCCUUCAUCUAAGUUGUGUGAAAUUAAGCCUGAAAUUUCAUCUGCUGAUAAACUUCGAAACCAUAUGGACAAGCCAAAUGAACGUAGUUCUAACUUCUUCCCUUUAGAUAAAGAAAAUAUAAAGCAGUUUGAAGAAGAGAAUAUUUUAUCUGUGGAUAAGCUUGGAGAUAUACUAAAGGAAGAGCUUUCUGUUUCUCCUGAAACGGAUAUUCAAACAGAAGAUGAUCCUGAGUUAGCUACCAAGAAAUAUUUGAUUCACAAUCCUAUCACCGGCGAGGUUGCCGAAAUGAAAGUACCACCACGAGCAACGUGGGCAAAAGCUUCCAACAUUCCGAAAUGUCAAGAUAAUUCUUUAGGCUUGUCUUCUAUUUCUAGGCCUAGCAUUCGUGUUCGACAACCACCAGGAGGAGUAUGUUCAAAUAUAUUUUAUUAAAUUCACAAUGAGGACAAAUAUCCUCAACUUAGAGGAAAGAUUAUGCAACUGAACUUUCAAGUAAGGGAACCUUGUAUUAUUUUGAAAGACCUUAAGCAAUUCUGUUCGUAAAAAUACUUUCUCUAAAAUUCUUUCCUUAGAAGUUACACUGAUCGCGUGCCACAUAAAUUCUUUGCUUGAUUUUAUUCUAAGUGUUUUUAAAAUUUCGGGAGCGCAGUUUUUCAAAAUUUUAUUUUGCAUGGACGUAGUAUUAUUUCCUGCACGGAAUUCGUUUGCGUUGGCUUUAGGUUUCAAGUUUCAUCUUUCUUCUGCAAAAUUCUUCAGAAGCAGUUUACAAAACAGAAGAUGAUAAAAAAACUGAUACGAAAGAGGUAGUUAUAUACAUCAUUAUUUCGAAGUUCUAGUUUGUAAUAUAAAAUUUGCAUUACUUGUUUUAUUUGAUUAGAAUAAAAUCUUUUGAUAACGAA